AAGUGAGUUAAGAGAAUAUAAUUCGGAAAGCUAAAACAGAAAGCUCUUUAUUCAAUUGCUCACAUGAGAAGAGAAUAAUUGGGAAAUCUCUGCACAGCGAUUAUCUAUCAACACCGAAAAAAUGUCUACAAAUAAGCCCUACAAAGUUUUGAUCGCGCAUACCGAUGUUCCUCCAGAGGGCAUAGAAAUCUUAAGGGAGAAAUGCGAAGUUAUUCAAGUGAAAAGUGAGCCACCACAAAAUCGGAUCGAAAUUCUCGAGAAGAUCAAGGGCGUACAUGCCGCCAUCUGGGGCGGUCGAGAUAUCCUCAAUGCCGAGAUUCUGGAUGCUGCUGGGCCACAAUUUAAAGCGGUAUCCACCAUGUCCUCGGGGAUUAACAACGUGGAUGUGCCGGAGCUGAAGAGGCGGGGAAUUCCACUGGGAAGUACUCCUGCGAUGCUAACGGUUGCGGUUGCAGAUUUGACAGUGGGUCUACUGAUCGCCGCGGCUCGGAGAUUUCAAGAGGGCCGCAGGAAGAUCGACAGUGACAACUGGGACAAGGACCAUCUGAACUGGAUGCUGGGUCAGGACAUCCGAGACUCCACCGUGGGUUUCUACGGCUUCGGAGGAAUUGGCCAGGCGGUGGCCAAGCGUUUGUCCGGAUUCGAUAUCGACCGUGUGCUCUACACCACCCGGAGUCGUGUCAGCAAGGAGAUCGAGGAGAAGUUCAACGCCAAGAAGGUGGAUUUCGAUACUCUUCUGGGGGAGAGUGACUUCCUGGUCAUUGCAGCCCCUCUGAACAAGGAAACACAGGGUUUGUUCAAUGCCACCGCCUUUAAUAAAAUGAAGAAAACAGCUGUGCUGGUCAACGUUGGAAGGGGCAAAAUCGUAAAUCAGGAUGACCUGUACGAUGCUUUGAAAUCGAACAGAAUCUUUGCAGCUGGCUUGGAUGUUAUGGAUCCUGAACCUCUGCCAUCCAAAGACAAAUUACUGGCACUGGACAAUGUUGUGGUCACUCCGCAUGUGGGCUAUGCCACCAGGAGAACGCGUAUCGACGCCGCCACCUUGGCAUCCCACAAUGUGCUCCGAGGACUGGCUGGUGAGCCCAUGCUAUCACCGGCAUACUAAAAAGUACCAGAGUUCAUUAAACUUAUAAAAACACUGGAAUAAAUAUUUAGAAUAAU